UCUCGAUCCCCUCCUCCCCUCCAUGCUCAAGACCUCACCUUGGAAUGGGGACCCUCAUCGGAAAAAGAAAUGGAAGCCCUCCAUUUUUACACCAAGGGGGUGGAUAAUCUCCUCCUCCCCCGCCUUGUAUAAAAGGGCCUCCUCCUCGGCCUAACUCCUCCAGUCCAGAGCAACACUUGUUGCCAACACAGGCACCACCAGCUCUGCUCUGCUCUGCCUGCCUCUUGAACCAAAACAGAGCAUCCAAGAGGAGGCGGUGGCAGAGGUAGAAGAAGAAGAAGAUGGCGCUCCUCCUCUUGGUGCUGGUCGGCGUUGUGGUCGGCGUGGUGGUGGCGAGCAGCCUGCUGCUGAGGUGGAACGAGGUGAGGUAUGGCAACGGCCGGAGGAAGGAGGGCCGCUUGCCGCCGGGGACAAUGGGGUGGCCGCUCUUCGGGGAGACCACCGAGUUCCUCAAGCAAGGGCCAUCCUUCAUGAAGCAGAGGAGGCUCAGGUACGGGCGGCUGUUCCGGACGCACAUCCUGGGCUGCCCAACGGUGGUGUGCAUGGACCCGGAGCUCAACCGCCGGAUGCUGCUCCAGGGCGAGGCCGGCGGCCUCGUCCCGGGCUACCCGCAGUCCAUGCUCGACAUCCUCGGCCGCAACAACAUCGCCGCCGUGCACGGCCCGCUCCACCGCGUCAUGCGCGGCGCCAUGCUCGGCCUCGUCCGUCCCGCCAUGCUCCGCACCAGCCUUCUCCCCAAGAUCGACGCCUUCAUGCGCGACCACCUCAGCGGCUGGGCCGGCAGCGUCGUCGACGUCCAGGCCAAGACCAAGGAGAUGGCCUUGCUGUCCGCACUCAGACAGAUCGCCGGCAUAACCGCAGGCCCUCUCUCUGACGCCCUCAAGACGGAGCUAUGCACCCUUGUGCUCGGCACCAUUUCCUUGCCAAUCAAUCUCCCCGGAACCAGCUACUACCAAGGCUUCCAGGCUAGGAAGAAGCUUGUGUCCAUGCUAGAGCAGAUGAUCGCCGAGCGGCGGUGCUCUGGUGAAGUGCAUGAUGACAUGCUGGAUGCUCUCUUGAGAAGCGGCAAUGAUGGGACCAGAGAGAAGCUCACUGAUGAGCAGAUCAUUGACUUGCUCAUCGCGCUCAUUUACUCUGGGUAUGAGACCAUGUCGACGACCUCGAUGAUGGCCGUCAAGUACCUGUCAGAUCACCCGCAAGCUCUCGAAGAACUCAGGAGAGAGCAUCUUGAUAUCAGAAAGGGGAAAUCGCCAGAGGAAGCCAUCAGCUACGAAGAUUUUAAGUCCAUGGCCUUCACUCGAGCUGUCAUUUUUGAGACACUAAGAUUAGCUACAGUUGUGAAUGGGCUGCUGAGGAAAACUACUAAGGAUGUAGAAAUGAAUGGGUAUGUCAUUCCAAAAGGGUGGAGAAUCUAUGUUUACACGAGGGAGAUAAACUACGAUCCAUUCAUGUAUCCUGACCCAAUGACUUUCAAUCCGUGGAGGUGGCUGGAGAAGAACAUGGAAUCGCACCCGCACUUCAUGUUGUUCGGAGGAGGCGGCCGGAUGUGCCCCGGGAAGGAGGUGGGCACGGCGGAGAUCGCGACUUUCCUCCACUAUUUCGUGACCCGAUACAGAUGGGAGGAAGAAGGCAAGAACACCAUCUUGAAAUUCCCCCGUGUGGAAGCUCCCAACGGGCUACAUAUCCGGGUUCAUGAUUACUGAUCUUGCAACAUACAUUUUGCAGAGUUUAGGUAGAUAUGGCCCUGACUGAGGCGACGAGAGUGCAAUUCUGCGCCGAUGGAAAUAUUAGAUCAGCCUUGUAAGAAAUAGGAAACAUAGAUAUAGUGUAGGUAUUAUAGGUUUAGGAGGCAACUGAUGUAGAAGGCCACAAGAGGCAACAAUGUUCUUCUUUGUGAUCAAUUACAUAUGCAUGAUAAGCAGCACUAAA